AACCCUCGUUCACUAUUCUUUGUUAUUCGUCUUCUAAUAGGCGACACCGUUUCAAUCCCCACUCUCCUCGUGGCCCUGGCCGGAGAAACAGUAGCAGUUUCACAGAGGGGAAAAGCCGCGAAAGAGGAGCGCCGAUGGAGGGGGAGAAUAAGUCUUCUGGGUCCAACAAGAGAACGGCUGAGGAACGGGACAAGGACGAUCGCUUGAAAUCUCGCAAGCUCAAUUCUUCAAACACCAUUUGUUAUUUGCAGAUACUGGGGAAUGGAAUGGACACUCAUGAUACAUCACCUUCGGUGUUGCUUUUCUUUGACAGUAAGAGCAUUAUCUUUAAUGCGGGAGAGGGUUUACAACGGUUUUGCACAGAGCAAAAGAUCCCGUUGUCUAAGAUACAUUAUAUAUUUCUCACUCGUGUAUGCUCAGAGACUGCAGGUGGCCUUCCAGGAUUGCUUUUGACUUUGGAUCGUGACAAAUUGUAUGUUCGUGUACGGGGCCCAUCAGAUCUGAAGUACUUAGUCGAUGCACUGAGGUCUUUCAUCCCAAAUGCUGCUUUGCAUUAUACUGAGGGCUUUGGACCCUCACAUGGCUCUGUUGAUCUUAUAAAUGACCAAGAUGUGAAAAUAUCAGCUAUUGUUUUACAACCAACUCUUUCAGAAGGACAGCCUGGUGAUAUGUCUGUUGUAUAUGUUUGUGAAUUACCUGAAAUCAAAGGGAGAUUUGACGAUAAAAAAGCCCUGGCUUUGGGUGUUGGACCUGGGCCGAAUCGUGGUCAACUUGUUAAAGGAAUAUCAGUAAAGUCUGACUGCCAAGAUAUCAUGGUUCAUCCAAGUGAUGUAAUGGGCCCCUCUCUUCCUGGUCCCAUUGUUCUCAUUGUAGACUGCCCCAAGGAGUCUCAUUUGCAACAGUUGUUGUCCACAGAGUCUUUCAAUAAUUACUUCUCAGGUUCACCCAAGAGUUCUAAAGCGGUGAGUUGUAUUGUACACUUGAGUCCUGCAUCUGUAGUUAGCAGUCCGAAGUACCAUAAUUGGAUGGCAAGAUUUGGUUCAGCACAGCAUAUAAUGGCUGGACAUGAAAGGAAGAAUAUUAAAAUUCCAAUUCUCAAAUCAAGUGCAAGAUUUACAACUAGGCUUAGUUAUUUAUGUCCCCAGUUCUUUCCAGGUCCAGAAUCAAACUCCAUUUGUUCAAGUGAGGAUUCUGAUCCAAAGCUUUGUGAAAGCAUUGCUGCUGAAAAUCUUCAGAAGUUUGUUUUAAGACCUCAUAGUAAGCAAGGAUUGGAUAAAUCUUGUGUACCAAGUUUGUUGGUGCCCACAGAAAUCAUUGACGAAUUACAUUCUGAGAUUCCAGAUAUUGCAGUUGCCGCCCAAAAUGUUAGACAGUUGUGGCAUGCAUCCACUGGAUCAGCAGGAGAAAUAAGUUCUGCUCAAAAUGUUAAGUUUAGUGUUGAAGGGCCAUGGUUUGAUGACAAUACUCUUCCUAGCUGUCUGGAAAAUAUAGGAAGAGAGGACUUGGAGAUUAUUUUUCUGGGGACUGGAUCAUCUCAGCCAUCCAAAUAUCGAAAUGUCAGCUCUAUCCAUAUCAAUAUUUUCUCAAAAGGGGGUUUGCUUUUAGAUUGUGGUGAAGGAACCUUGGGACAGCUUAAACGAAGAUAUGGUGUAGACAAAGCUGAUGAUGUGGUGAGAGGUCUGAGGUGCAUCUGGAUUUCCCACAUGCAUGCUGAUCACCACGCAGGCUUGGCAAGAAUACUUGCCCAUAGACGUGAAUUAUUGAAAGAAACACCUCAUGAACCAAUACUUGUUGUAGGACCAGGACAACUUAAGAACUAUCUAGAUGCAUACCAAAGACUUGAAGAUUUGGACAUGAUGUUUCUCGACUGUCAGCACACUACAAAAGAUUCACUUGGUGCUUUUAGAAAUAAACCAACUAAUGGGCAAAUCGAUUCAGCUGACAAUGUCACAGAAAUAAAGAGCUUGAAGAAAAUUCUUGGUGCUGCUGGUUUGGAGGCCUUAAUUAGUUUUUCUGUUUUUCAUUGCAAACAGGCAUUUGGUGUUGUGUUGAAGGCAGCUGAGAGAAUUAAUAGUGUCGGAAAAGCUAUUCCAGGAUGGAAGAUUGUGUAUUCUGGCGACACCAGACCUUGUAAAGCUUUGAUUGAAGCAUCUCGUGAUGCAACUAUUCUUAUACACGAGGCAACAUUUGAGGAUGGAAAGGUGGAGGAUGCCGUGAAGAAAAACCACAGCACAUCAGAGGAAGCCGUGAAAGUGGGGAACCUUGCUGGCGCAUAUCGAAUACUUCUCACCCAUUUUAGCCAAAGAUAUCCCAAAAUUUCAGUCUUUGAUGAAACGUACAUGCACAACGUGGGCAUUGCAUUUGACAUGAUGAGUGUCAACUUAGCAGAUUUACCUGCGCUCCCAAAAGUUCUUCCAUAUCUAAAAAUAUUGUUUAGGAACGAGAUUGCUUUGAAGGAAUCGGAUGAUAUUCACGAAUUAUAAUUCUAUUUUUUUGCAAUCUCAUUAUAGUUUUAGUUAUUAACUUUUUUUUUAUUCCUUCCCAUGUGGAAGAAGUAGAGAAAGAAACUAGCAGAGUGUAAUUUGGUGUCUUUGUAAUAAAGAGUUAAUAAUCAUGCAUCUUACUUUAUUUAAUAAUGUCCUCUUCUUACGUUCA